UAGGAAAGGAUGUCUGGAGGCGAGGCGUCCCAUUACAGAGGAAGGAGCUGCUAUAUAAGCCAGCCAAAGCUGGCUGCGCUGGUCGCAGCCUGCCUACUGUCACACGCUGUCCCGCGAGCCGAGCACAGACACGCACCGGCCGGCCUCUCUUCCGCACAAAGACUGCGCGGCUGGGGGUGACGCUGGGGGCAGCGCAUGUGGGAGCCCCGCGGCUCACAGCCAGGUACUCCAUGCAGCCGGUUCAUUCAAGGAUCUAGGUCCUUCCCAACUCCGGAAAGAAAUAAAACCUGCUGCCCACCCCAGCCAGCUUUCUGCCUUGUCCUUCAAUAUGGUAAGCCCAACUGAGAGCUGGGGAGAGGAAUUUCAGGUUCAGCACUAAAGAAAUCUCUGGGAAGUUUGCUGGCUUCGUGUGCAUCUGAGCCCACUGCCGUAGAUGUGAUUGUGCUUUGACCAUACGUGUUUCAGAAGAGAAUUCCUUCAGGAAUAUCAGGAUCACACUCAUCUGGAUUCUCCUCUGUGCUUCCACAUCUGCACUCCUGCCUGAGACCGAGACACCCUAGGAGUGAGAGCGCAGAAACGCCCCAGCCAGACCCACCUCCGCCAUGGAGGCUGUGACCCGGCUGUUGGCGGGCAUCCUCCUAGCCUCGCUCACCCUCACUACCGAAGGUGGGGUCCUCAAGAAAGUCAUCCGGCACAAGCGACAGAGUGGGGUCAAUGUCACUCUGCCGGAGGACCAGCAGCCGGUGGUGUUUAACCACAUCUACAACAUUAAGCUGCCCAUCGGGUCCCAGUGCUCCGUGGAUCUGGAAUCAGCCAGUGGGGAGAAGGACCUGGCGCCGCCAUCAGAGCCCAGCGAGAGCUUCCAGGAGCACACGGGCGACGGGGAAAACCAGAUCGUCUUCACACACCGCAUCAACAUCCCCCGCCGGGCCUGUGGUUGUGCUGCAGCUCCUGACAUCAAGGAGCUUCUGAGCAGACUGGAGGAUCUGGAGAAUCUGGUGUCUUCCCUGCGGGAGCAGUGCACCACAGGAGCCGGCUGUUGUCUCCAGCCCGCCGAAGGCCGCCUGGACACCAGGCCCUUCUGCAGCGGUCGUGGGAACUUCAGCGCGGAAGGAUGCGGCUGUGUGUGCGAACCCGGCUGGAAAGGCCCCAACUGCUCGGAGCCCGAAUGUCCUGGCAACUGUCACCUGCGAGGCCAGUGCCUGGAUGGGCAGUGUGUCUGCGACGAGGGCUUCACGGGGGAGGGCUGCGGCCAGCUGGCCUGCCCCGGCGACUGCAACGACCAGGGCAAGUGCGUGAGCGGGGUCUGUGUGUGUUUCGAAGGCUACACGGGGGCCGACUGCAGCCGGGAGGUGUGCCCGGCGGCUUGCAGCGAGGAGCACGGUAGGUGUGUGGACGGCCGCUGCGUGUGCCAGGACGGCUUCGCGGGCGAGGACUGCGCCGAGCCGCUGUGCCUCAACAACUGCCACGGCCGCGGGCGGUGCGUGGAGAACGAGUGUGUGUGCGAUGCAGGCUUCACGGGCGACGACUGUGGCGAGCUCAUCUGCCCCAACGACUGCUUCGACCGCGGCCGCUGCGUCAACGGCACCUGCUACUGCGAGCAGGGCUUCACGGGCGAAGACUGCGGCGAGCUCAGCUGCCCGAACGCCUGCUCCGGCCACGGCCGCUGCCAGCAGGGCCAGUGCGUGUGCGAGCCGGCCUUCGCUGGGCCCGACUGCAGCGAGAAGAGGUGUCCCGCCGACUGCCACCAGCACGGCCGCUGCGUGGACGGGCGGUGUGAGUGCGACGCCGGCUUCGCGGGAGCCGACUGCGGCGAGCUCCAGUGUCCCAACGGCUGCAGCGGCCACGGCCGCUGUGUCAACGGGCAGUGCGUGUGCGACGGGGGCCGCACCGGAGAGGACUGCGGCCAGCUGCGGUGCCCCAACGACUGUCACAGCCGGGGCCGCUGCAUCCAGGGCAAGUGCGAGUGCGAGCCGGGCUUCCAGGGCUACGACUGCAGUGACAUGAGCUGCCCCAGCGACUGCCACCAGCACGGCCGCUGCGUGAACGGCAUGUGCGUCUGUGACGACGGCUACACCGGGGAGGACUGCCGAGACCUGCGCUGCCCCGGGGACUGCAGCAGCCGCGGCCGCUGCGUGGGCGGCCGGUGCGAGUGUGAGCACGGCUUCACCGGCCCCGACUGCGCGGAACUCGCGUGCCCCGGCGACUGCCAUGGUCAAGGCCGCUGUGUGAACGGGCAGUGCGUGUGCCACGAGGGCUUCAUGGGCGCCGCGUGCAAGGAGCGGAGAUGUCCCGGCAACUGUCACGGCCGGGGCCGCUGCGAGGACGGGCAGUGCAUCUGCCAGGAGGGCUUCGCGGGCCCCGACUGCGGGCGGCGCUCCUGCCUCAACGACUGCAGUGGCUGGGGCCAGUGCGUGGAGGGCCGCUGCAUCUGCAGCGAGGGCCACUCCGGGGACGACUGCUCGGAGGUGUCCCCUCCCAAAGACCUCAUCGUGACAGAAGUGACGGAAGAGACCGUAAACCUGGCCUGGGACAACGAGAUGCGGGUCACAGAGUACCUGGUCAUGUACACACCCACCCACGAGCACGGCCUGGAAAUGCAGUUCCGCGUGCCUGGGGACCAGACGUCCACCACCAUCCGGGAGCUGGAGCCUGGUGUGGAGUACUUUAUCCGUGUCUUUGCCAUCCUGGAAAACAAGAAGAGCAUCCCCGUCAGCGCCAGGGUGGCCACGUACUUGCCUGCGCCUGAAGGCCUAAAGUUCAAGUCCAUCAAGGAGACAUCUGUGGAAGUGGAGUGGGAUCCUCUGGACAUCGCUUUUGAAACAUGGGAGAUCAUCUUCCGGAAUAUGAAUAAAGAGGAUGAGGGAGAGAUCACCAAAAGCCUGAGGAGGCCAGAGACCACAUACCGGCAGACUGGCCUUGCUCCUGGGCAAGAAUAUGAGAUCUCGCUGCACAUCGUGAAAAACAAUACCCGCGGCCCGGGCCUGAAGAGGGUGACCACCACCCGCUUGGACGCCCCCAGCCAGAUCGAGGUGAAAGAUGUCACGGACACCACGGCCCUGAUCACUUGGUUCAAGCCCCUGGCCGAGAUUGAUGGCAUUGAGCUCUCCUAUGGAAUCAAAGACGUGCCCGGCGACCGCACCACCAUCGAUCUCACACAUGAUGAGAACCAGUACUCCAUUGGGAACCUGAAGCCGGACACCGAGUAUGAGGUGUCCCUCAUCUCCCGCAGGGGUGACAUGUCCAGCAACCCAGCCAAGGAGACCUUCACAACGGGCCUGGAUGCUCCUAGGAAUCUCCGUCGCAUCUCCCAGACAGACAACAGCAUCACCCUGGAAUGGAAGAACGGCAAGGCGGCCGUUGACAGUUACAGAAUUAAGUAUGCACCCAUCUCUGGAGGUGACCAUGCCGAGGUCGAAGUCCCAAGGAGCCAGCAAGCCACCACCAAAACCACACUCACAGGUCUGAGGCCAGGAACUGAAUAUGGGAUUGGAGUGUCUGCUGUAAAGGCAGACAAGGAGAGCGAUCCAGCCACCAUCAACGCGGCCACAGACAUGGACACACCCAAGGACCUGCGGGUUUCUGAAACCACGGAGACCAACCUGACCCUGCUCUGGAGGAGGCCUUUGGCCAAGUUUGACCAUUACCGCCUCAACUACAGCCUGCCCUCGGGCCAGCCAGUGGAGGUGAAACUUCCGAGAGACACCACCUCCUAUGUCUUGAGAGGCCUGGAACCCGGGAAGGAAUACAGCAUCCUCCUCACCGCGGAGAAGGGAAGGCACAAGAGCAAACCCGCACGAGUAAAGGCAUCCACAGGCCAUGCCCCUGAACUGGAAAACCUCACCGUGACCGAGGCUGGCUGGGAUGGCCUCAAACUCAACUGGACCGCAGCUGACCAGGCCUAUGAGCACUUUGUCAUUCAGGUGCAGGAGGCCCACAGGAUGGAGGCAGCUCAGAACCUCACGGUUCCUGGCAGCCUGCGGGCUGUGGACGUCCCGGGCCUCAAGGCGGCCACCCCCUAUAGAGUCACCAUCUAUGGGGUGAUCCGGGACUAUAGGACACCGGUGCUCUCUGCCGAGGCCUCCACAGGGGAAGCUCCCAGUUUGGGAGAGGUCACGGUGUCCGAGGUGGGCUGGGAUGCCCUCAGACUCAACUGGACUGCUCCGGAAGGAGCCUAUGAACAGUUUUUCAUUCAGGUGCAGGAGACUGACACGGUAGAGGCAGCCCAGAACCUCACAGUCCCAGGGGGACUGAGGUCCGUGGACCUGCCCGGGCUCAAAGCAGCCACUCAUUAUAGCGUCACCAUCCGUGGGGUCACGCAGGACUUCAGCACGCCUCCUCUCUCUGUUGAAGUCUUGACAGAGGAGGUUCCAGAUCUGGGAAACCUCACAGUGACUGCGGUCCACUGGGAUGGCCUCAGUCUGGACUGGACUGCCCCCGAUGGGAUCUGUGAGCAGUUUAUCAUUGAGAUCCAGGAGGCUGACCAGGCCAAGGGAGCUCACAGUCUCACGGUUCCUGGCAGCCUGCGCUCCGUGGACAUCCCAGGCCUCAGGGCCGGAACUCCUUACACGGCCACCCUGCACGGGCAGGUCAGAGGCCGCAGCACUCCACCCCUUGUUGUGGAGGCCGUCACAGAGGAGCUCCCCCAGCUGGGGGACUUAACCGUGACCGAGGCUGGCUGGGAUGGCCUCAAACUCAACUGGACCACAACUGACCAGGCCUAUGAGCACUUUGUCAUUCAGGUGCAGGAGGCCAACUGGGUGGAGGCAGCUCAGAACCUCACGGUUCCCGGCAGCCUGCGGGCUGUGGAUGUCCCGGGCCUCAAGGCUGCCACCCCUUAUAGAGUCACCAUAUACGGGGUGAUCCGGGGCUAUAGGACACCGGUGCUCUCUGCCGAGGCCUCCACAGCCACAGGACCUGAAAUUGGAAACUUAACUGUUUCUGACAUAACUCCUGAGAGCUUCAAUCUCUCCUGGACAGCCACCGAUGGGGCCUUCGAGACCUUUACCAUUGAAAUUGUUGAUUCCAAUAGGUUCUUGGAGACGAUGGAAUAUAAUAUCUCUGGUGCUGAACGAACUGCCCACAUCUCAGGGCUACACCCUAAUAAUCAUUUUGUUAUCUACCUCUCGGGACUUGCUCCCAGCAUCCGGACCCAAGUCAUCAGUGCCACGGCCACCACAGAGCCAGAGCCACAGUUGGGCAUGCUAAUCCUUAGCAAUGUUACUCCUGACAGCUUCAACGUGACCUGGACCGCUCGAGCCGGGCCUUUUGCAAAGAUUGUUGUCAAUGUUAGCGAUUCUCACUCGCUGUAUGAGCCCCAGCAAUUCACGGUCUCAGGAGACACACAGCACGCUCACGUCACGGGCUUGGUGGAGAACACUGGCUAUGACGUUAGUGUGGCAGGGACCACCUGGGCUGGGGACCCCACCAGGCCCCUCACUGCCUUUGUCAUGACAGAGGCCCUGCCCCUUCUGGAAAACCUAACCAUUUCCGACAUUAAUCCCUACGGGUUCACAGUUUCCUGGAUGGCAUCGGAGAAUGCCUUUGACAGCUUCCUAGUAACGGUGGUGGAUUCUGGGAAGCUGCUGGACCCCCAGGAAUUCACACUUUCAGGAACCCAGAGGAAGCUGGAGCUUAGAGGCCUCAUAACUGGCAUUGGCUAUGAGGUUGUGGUCUCUGGUUUCACCCAAGGGCACCAAACCAAGCCCUUGAGGGCUGAGAUUGUUACAGAAGCCGAGCCAGAGGUGGACAACCUUCUGGUUUCAGAUGCCACCCCAGAUGGUUUCCGUCUGUCCUGGACAGCUGAUGAAGGGGUCUUCGACAAUUUUGUUCUCAAAAUCAGAGAUACCAAAAAGCAGUCUGAGCCACUGGAAAUAACCCUGCUUGCCCCCGAACGAACCAGGGACAUAACUGGUCUCAGAGAGGCCACUGAGUAUGAAAUUGAACUCUAUGGAAUAAGCAGUGGAAGGCGAUCCCAACCAGUCCGAGCCCUAGCAACCACAGCCAUGGGCUCUCCAAAGGAGAUCAGUUUCUCAGACAUCACUGAAGAUUCGGCCACUGUCAGCUGGAUGGCGCCCUCUGCCCAGGUGGAGAGCUUCCGGAUUACCUACGUGCCCAUUGCAGGAGGAACACCGUCAGUGGUAACUGUGGAUGGAACCAAGACUCAGUCCAGGCUGGUGAGGCUCUUACCUGGAGCAGAGUACCUUGUCAACGUCAUCGCCAUGAAGGGCUUCGAGGAAAGCGAACCAGUCUCAGGCUCAUUCAGCACAGCUCUGGAUGGCCCAUCUGGCCUGGUGACAGCCAACAUCAGCGACACAGAAGCCUUGGCCAUGUGGCAGCCAGCCAUUGCCCCCGUGGAUAGUUAUGUCAUCUCCUACACAGGGGAGAAAGUGCCAGAAAUCACACGCACAGUGUCCGGGAACACGGUGGAAUAUGCUCUGACCAACCUUGAGCCUGCCACGGAGUACACACUGAGGAUCUUUGCAGAGAAAGGACCCCAGAAGAGCUCAGUCAUCACUACCAAGUUCACAACAGACCUUGAUUCUCCAAGAGACUUGACUGCUACUGAGGUUCAGUCAGAAACUGCCCUCCUCACCUGGAGACCCCCCCGGGCAUCUGUCACCGGCUACCUAUUGGUGUAUGAAUCCAUCGAUGGUACAGUCAAGGAAGUCAUUCUGGGUCCAGAAACCACCUCCUAUAGCCUGGCGGAGCUGAGCCCCUCCACCCACUACACGGCCAAGAUCCAGGCAUUGAAUGGGCCCCUGAGGAGCAAGCUGGUCCAGACAGUCUUUACCACAAUUGGACUCCUGUACCCAUUCCCCAGGGACUGCUCCCAAGCAAUGCUGAACGGAGACACAGCCUCUGGCCUCUACACCAUUUACCUGAAUGGUGAUAAGACCCAGGCUCUGGAAGUCUUCUGCGACAUGACCUCUGAUGGGGGUGGAUGGAUCGUGUUCCUGAGACGCAAGAAUGGACGUGAAGAUUUCUAUCGCAACUGGAAAGCCUAUGCUGCUGGGUUUGGGGACCGCAGAGAAGAAUUCUGGCUUGGGCUGGACAACCUGCACAAAAUCACAGCGCAAGGGCAGUACGAGCUCCGGGUGGACCUGCGCGACCACGGGAAGACCGCGUAUGCCGUCUAUGACAAGUUCAGCGUGGGGGACGCCAAGACCCGCUACAAGCUGAAGGUGGAGGGUUACAGCGGGACCGCAGGUGACUCCAUGGCUUACCACAAUGGCAGAUCCUUCUCCACCUUCGAUAAGGACACGGACUCAGCCAUCACCAACUGCGCCCUGUCCUACAAGGGGGCUUUCUGGUACAAGAACUGUCAUCGUGUCAACCUGAUGGGGAGGUAUGGGGACAACAACCACAGUCAGGGCGUUAACUGGUUCCAUUGGAAGGGCCACGAAUAUUCCAUCCAGUUUGCUGAGAUGAAGUUGAGACCCAGCAACUUCCGAAAUCUCGAAGGCAGGCGCAAGCGAGCAUAAAUUCCAGGAACGACUAACUGGGUGGGAGAGGAGUAGGGCCCAGAGGAAGAAGCAGAUUUUACCAAAGUCUCAGUACAAACCCAUCCAACCAUCAAGCCACACCCGGGCAUUUGGCAGGAGCUAAAGCUGACCGUGGACCAUCAGGCCGAUGGCAGGAGCGCUGGCCCCACCUACUCUGCGAGUACUUCCUUCGCACCAAAGACAACAGUCUCCACAGAUGUCUGCUUGUUGUUUGAAUCAGCACACAUCUUCCAGUGAUGGUAUCACGGUGGUUGUCCUUCUCUUGGGUGGCUCUGGGAAUGGGAGAGGGGUAGGCUGUACAGUGGUAGUUUGUGUUAGAACCAGCUGUAUUUUA